AUGUUCCAGUUACAUUUUGGGCAUCCGAUUAUCGGCCGGGGCCCGGCAGGUGGGGAAGCGGCGGCGGCGGAGGCUCGGCCGCCAUGCAGCCCCCCCCGCGCGCCCCCCCCCGCGCUGCUGCCGGGGCUGCUGCUGCUCUGGGCCGCCGGACACGGGCGGGCGCAGGAGGUGCAGGCCGAGAACGUGACGGUGCUGGAGGGGGGCACGGCCGAGAUCACCUGUCACCUGCACAGGUACGACGGCUCCAUCGUGGUCAUCCAGAACCCCGCCCGGCAGACGCUCUUCUUCAACGGCACCCGCGCCCUGAAGGACGAGCGCUUCGAGCUGGCCGAGUUCAGCCGGCGGCGGCUGCGGCUGCGCCUGGCGCGGGCCCGGCUGGACGACGAGGGCGGCUACUUCUGCCAGCUCUACGCCGACGACACCCACCACCAGAUCGCCACCCUGACUGUGCUGGUGCCCCCUGAGCCGCCAUUGGUCGAGGCGGGGGCGCUGGCGGUGGAGGGGGAGGAGCUGGAGCUCACCUGCCUCGUGCCCCGGGCGCGGCCCCCGGCCACGCUGCGCUGGUACCGCGACCGCCGCGAGCUGCCAGGCCGCAGCAGCCACCGGCAGGACGGCAAGGUGUUCUGGCAGCGCUCGGUGCUGCACCUGCGGCCCGAGCGCCGCGACCACGGCGCCAUCGUCACCUGCGAGGCCACGCACCCCGCCCUGGGCCGCGGGCAGCGGCGCCAGACCCAGUUCCAGCUGGACGUGCAGUACCCGCCCUCGGCGCGCAUCCACCCCUCGCAGAGCGUCCUGCGCGAAGGCGACACCUUGGUGCUCACCUGCGCCGUCAGCGGCAACCCGCGCCCCACGGAGGUGGCCUGGAGCCGCGGGAACGAGUCGCUGCCGGCGCGGGCGCGGGCCGAGGGCGAGCGGCUGACGCUGCCGGCGCUGGCGCCGCAGGACAACGGCACCUACACCUGCCAGGUGGGCAACGCCCACGGGCGCGCCGCCGACGCCUACGUGCUGGUGGUGUACGACCCCGGCGCGGUGGUGGCGGCGCAGGGGGCGGGGCCUUUCGCCGUGGUGGGCGGGGCCUUGGCGCUGCUCGUGUUCCUGCUGCUGCUGCUGCUCGGGGCGCUCGUCUGGUGCUCCGUGCGGCAGAAAGGCUCGUACCUGACGCACGAGGCCAGCGGCCUGGAGGAGCACGGGGAGGCGCGCGAGGCCUUCCUGGGGGGGGAGGGGGGGAAGCGCAAGGAGGAGUUCUUCAUCUGAG